AUGGCUCUCCGACAAAUAACCAGAGCCACAUGUCGCCAUCUUAACCGGCCAACCCUCUCCCUCCUCUCGAUCUACACCCAAACCCCCGCCUCCACCCCACCAUCCUUCCUCCUCCCGUCCUCCCACAGCCAUGGACUCCACCCCACCACAUGCACAACAACAAUCCAACGUCGAAACGCCGUAACCAACGCCCGUUUCCCCGUAGCGCCAAAUCUAGGACCUCAAUUCAUCAACGAAGCCCGGGUUAGAUUCCCCUACGACGAUGAAAUUACAGCUUACAAUCCCACGUAUAUCGACGAAACCGGGGCGUUAGUGGGGGUCUAUCCAAUCGAUCAAAUCCUCCGUGCUUACGAUCGGAAUAAAUAUCAUCUAAUCCAUAUCUCUGGUGUCGACCGAUUAACCGACGAAAGCGAGGGACAUAUCGUUCGACUUUUCCCAAAGAGUUUAUUACUUGAACGACUUGAAGCGGAACGACGUGCCGAACGUGAAGCUUCCAAUGCGGAGGAUGCAGACCUUCCUGGGUUUAAAAAGAAGAAGAAGAAGUCGGGGAAGGAUAUUACUAAGGAAGUACAGAUAUCUUGGGGGAUAGAUAAGAAUGAUCUAAAUACGCAUUUAAAGAAGAUUGGGAAGUUUUUGGAAAAGGGGAAUACGGUGGAGGUUAUGAUUGCUAGGAAGAAGAAACAGGCUAAACCUCCACAGGCGAAGUUGGAUGAGAUGAUGGAGAUUAUUGAGGAGUUUAUGUAUUAUAAUGGUGGGGUGGAUUUGAAGAAACGGAGUGGGGAGGUUGGUACGCAGCUUACUAUGGUGGUUCAGAGGCCCGAUGAUUGGGUGCUGCCGCCGCCGAGACCGAAGAAGGAGGUAAAAGAGGAUGAGCCGAUUGACGAGGUGGAGUUUGAGAAGCUGCAGAAGGAGAGGCAGGAGAGGAUUGAAAUCGAACAGGGUGGACGGGUUCAAGAAGGGACGGGGGAGAAGAAACAUGUUCCAGCGUGGCAGGCGAGAGGGGAGGUUUCUUAA